AUGUACCUACACAGUUUUUUAGUUUCAAUACAAAAGGAACGCGGGAACGUCGUCGGCUUUCAUUAUUUAAUAUAAUAAAUAAAGUUUAAACGAUUAUCAAGUGUAAAUUGUGUAAUAAUGUACUUUAUAUGAAAACUAACGAGAGAACGCGAGUGAUUUCCUCUACAUUUUAGUCAUUACAUGUAUUUUAUCUCCAUAAAUAAAACAAAUAGAUCGACGAAACAGCUAUGAAAAUCUAGAUAUGGCACACAAGGGAUACGACACAGGAGAACGAGUUUACACGUUCGUCGAUAGUAAACACGACCAGGAUAAUUUAAAGUGGUGGCAAAAGUUUUGUUUACGAUGUCAUGAACCCGAUUCAACACCCUCUUCGGAGCCACCCUGGUGGGUGAGAGCAUUUCCCUUCCCCCUAUUUCCAACAUUCAGACAGGCAGCUCAGCAAAUAUGUAUCAUUAUUUUUUUUUUCUUAACUUGGGGCAUCCUAUACGCUGAAAUCGGAGAUCCUGUUGCUCUAAGUGGAGAAUUACUUAGCAUGACCUUAUUGGUCAUAGCAUCGUACUUAGUAGGAUGGAUUUGGUUGAAAGUCACAACUUUACCAGCACUUAUCGGCAUGUUACUUACUGGUAUUUUAUUCCAAAACUUAAACCUAGUUCACAUGACUGAUACUUAUCGACAACUAAAUCAAGAUCUGAGAAAAAUAGCUUUAGUUAUAAUAUUGAUGAGAGCCGGAUUAGGUCUGAAUGCUGAUGUGCUAAAAAAGCAUUACAUAGCUGUAUUACAACUAGGGCUACUCCCUUGGCUUGUCGAAUGUGUUGCCAUUGCAAUCACUGCACAUUAUUUAUUACAUUUACCGUGGAUAUGGGGAUUUCUCUUGGGUUCAAUGAUUGCCUCCGUAUCCCCAGCUGUAGUGGUCCCCUGUUUAUUUAGACUUCGCGAGGCUGGUUAUGGAGUGGCUAAAGGCAUUCCCACAUUACUAUUAGCUGCUGCUUCUAUCGAUGACUCAGUCAGUGUUGCCGUAUUUGCAAUCAUUUUGAACGCUAUGUUCUCUACCGGAUCUACUACAUUUAAUAUUAUUAAGGGGCCACUGUCCAUAAUUGUAGGAAUAGUAUUAGGCGGAUUAUGGGGAGGGAUGACAUCUGUAAUUCCGGAAAAAGGAGACACCUAUGUAGUUCCUUUGAGAUUUUUAUCGCUAUUUUUAGGGGGCCUAUUCGCUCUUUUUAUUUCUAAUUUGGUUGGAUGGAGUGGAGCAGGUCCUUUAGCUAUCGUAUCAUCUGGUUUUAUGGCUGCUUACUUUUGGGAAAAGCAAGGAUGGCCAGUGAAUAAGAACCCCGUGAGCAACUUAUUUAGGAUACUUUGGAUAUUUUUUGAGCCAAUACUUUUUGCUUUUACAGGAGCUCAAAUAACGCUUAGUGCACUUGAUCCAGAUAUGAUAUCUAUGGGCGCUAUUUGUCUACUAUCCUGUCUUGCUUUGAGGGUAGUUGCAACAUUCCUUAUUAGUUUUGGAUGCGGUCUUAAUCCAAAGGAGAAGCUAUUUAUCGGCCUUACUUGGAUGGCUAAAGCCACAGUUCAGGCAGCAUUAGGCCCCGCAGCAUUGGAUCUUGUAAAUAAUGGGCAAUCUGCAGGAAAUCCAAAAACUGACGAAGAAUUUUACGCCAAAACUAUCUUGGCCAUGAGUGUACUAAGCGUAGUAAUCUCAGCUCCCGCUGGUGCUAUAUUUAUUGCACUUACAGGCCCAAAACUGUUGAGUAAGGAUCCUACAACCAUAGCUUCUGAAGAAAAUAUUGAAAGAGCGCACGACGUUCAAGGAAACGGUACAUCUACGGACUUAUGACGGAGGGAACCAUUGGAGUAAAACAUCUUUACUUAAUUAACUUUGUUUUAUACAAUAUUCUGAUGUACUUACACAACCGAUAGUGUUUAAAUAUAAAAUUCUUAUAUUAUACUUAAUAAUAAUCAUGUUAUGGUACUAAAAUAUUUUUUUUUAUUUAAAAUAAAUUUUAUUUAAUAUA